AUGUCCUCUCGUCCAGUUCUACGGAUAUCCUCGCGUCGCCAUGCAUCUCGACGGUUACACCACAGCUCUUCCAUUCGCGCCCUUGUACCUGGGACGACUGACUCUCCCAUUCCUCCGACACGACCGGGUUCAUUGACGGGAUUUCGACUGGCUGUGAAGGAUAACAUCUGUACCAAGUCGAUGCCGACGACAUGCUCCUCGAAGAUGCUUGAGAACUUCUCAUCACCGUAUGAUGCAACUGUCGUUUCUCUACUAUCGAACAGCGGGGCAGAGAUCGUAGGGAAGACCAACUGUGACGAGUUUGGCAUGGGUUCCCUCAACAUCCACUCCAUUCAUGGCGCAGUUGUCAAUCCCCUUGCUAUCCAGGACUCGGAACAUGGCCAGCAGCACCGCUCGGCCGGAGGUAGUUCUGGAGGGAGCGCUGCUGCCGUCGCAGCUGGGCUGUGUGAUGCUGCCCUAGGCACGGAUACUGGCGGUUCCGUGAGAUUGCCAGCUUCUUACUGUGGAGUCGUCGGUCUCAAGCCUUCGUAUGGGAUCGUUAGUCGUUGGGGCGUCGUCUCUUUCGCGGACAGCAUGGAUUGUGUAGGAGUACUUGGAGCCCGCGUUUCCACGGUGAAACGUGUGCACGACACAUUGGCAAACUACGACAUUCGUGAUCCCACAGCAGCCCCACAACACAUUAGAGACAGGGCUGCUGAGUUGUGCCGAAGCCACGAUGCUAUCCGUGGCGAGUCUUUGGCAGGACUACGGGUUGGCAUCCCGCAGGAAUACUUUCCCGCCGAACUCCAAAGCGAUGUAGUGGAAACUGUCAGAAGUGUUAUCUCUCAGUUACAGGCUCACGGGGCGACUGUUAUACCUGUCUCUCUACCCACCACCCCUUACGCGCUCAGCGUCUACUACGUCAUCUCAAGCGCAGAGGCCAGCAGCAAUCUUGCUCGAUAUGAUGGUGUUGAGUAUGGCAUGCGUGUAACGCCUCCCCCCGGAGCCGAUCUCACGAAAACAGCGAAUAUCUACGCCCUCACCCGUUCGCAAGGAUUUGGGAGUGAAGUGCAGCGUCGAAUACUCCUCGGGACGCACGCACUUUCUGCGGAUGCUUUCGAGAACUACUUCCUACAAGCUCAGCGCGUGCGACGGCAUAUCAAGGCCGACUUCGACCGCUUGUUCUGCAUACCCAACGCCCUAUUGUCGUCACACUCCGCCACACCAACAGCACAAAACGGAGUACACGUCCUCAUCCACCCUUCCGCCAUUCAGACCGCACCUCUUCUUCCAACGAGUACAGCAGCCGACCGCGAAGAUGCGGACUCUGCCCUCGAUGCCUAUGUCCAAGAUGUCAUGACCGUUCCAGCCUCCCUGGCCGGGCUUCCGGCGCUAAGUGUUCCGGGAGGGAAAGGAACCGAUGGAUGGCCCAUUGGUGUCAGUAUCGUGGGUCAGUGGGGUACUGAUGAGCUUGUUCUGAAGGUGGGCGAAGUGAUUGAACAUUGUCGCACCGUCGGGUCGUCGGGUCCUUGA